UGUGGUCAGUGGAGCUGCAGGUGAAGAGACCCCUGAUGCCCGUCCGGCUGAGUCCGGAGCAGGUGGGCCUGGAGAUGCUCUGUCUGUGUGGACAGCUGGACCUCCUCAUCAGGGCACAGAUGCAACAGUUCCAGGAGCAGCUGGGACGAGGCUGCAGUCCGGAGGAGGCCGACACUUUCCAGGUUCAAGGAUCAGAAAUUCUUGACCAGAUGCUGCAGUGCCUUGAACAUCUACCAAAGCCUAUGCCACAGCUGGAGGACUACCUGGACAUGGUGGGUCUGUCAGCCAUGUUUCCUCGUGUGGAAGUCUUCCUCAUUCAAGGCAGCCCCGUCGACAUGCUGGAACGGCCGCUGAUGGACGAGUACUACUUCCACGUCUCCAGACUGAACCAGCUCCUGGUGCUGAGUCAGCAGUUGGAGGAGGACGUCAGGCACCUCGGAAGUCAUAAGUACAUUGCCCACCAGCUCUCGGUUAUAUAUCAAGUCAUCAGCUCCUUCAGGGGAAUUCAGGUCUUCUCUGAAAUAAAGAAGGAUAUUGAGGCCAACUUCAAACAGAUGAAACAGUCUCUUGUGGUGGAGGAAGGCUCCAGGCACGAGCCUCAGCUGGCUGCUCAUUAUAUCAACUGGAUCUUAGAAAUAACUCAAAGCUUGACGUCGGUCGCGUCGUCGCUGCCUGAAGAGCUGAUGGACGACCUCCACCAGGCCGUGACCUUCGUGUCGCAGCUGCUGUCCUGACGUGGGAACCAGUCUCCUCUCCUCUCACUAACUGAACCCACGGGUUUAUGACUGUGAAAAGGUGCUAUACAUUUUCCUUUAGCUAAACAUUAGUGGGAUGUGAAAGUUAUGUGAAUCAUGUAGGUUCUUGUGUCCCUAUGCCGCCCCCGCCACCCGUGAGUCAGUUGUUUGGGACUGAAUGUAGUUCUUUGUUCCCUCUUUGCACUACUGUUAGAUUUUUUUAAUGUAAAAUGAAAUAAUAAAAAUCAAA